GUUUAAAGAAACCCAAGCAGCAGGUACUAAAUCAAGAGAGAAACUUCUUUGAAUAUUAUAAAGUGGUCCACAACAGGGACCUCGGUUAUUAGUGCAUAGAGAUUCGACUUGUUCGGACCACCUAUUUUUACGAGAUCUCUUUCUAAGAGUGCCGUUUCUUUUAUUCAAAAAAGGAGAAAUGGUGUCUAGAAAUGGUUUGAUUUGCUGGAAAACUCUUCAGUCUGGUUGUAUUCGUUCCACCAAUCCCGUCAAUGUUACCAUUUCAAGAAGGUUAUGUGCGAGUUCUCAGAUUUGUCAAAAUAAUUGGGUACAAGCAGUUUCCAAUGCAGAGAAAAUAGUGGGCUUGCCUACGCCCUUCCUUAGUUUACGAAGCGAAGCCAUUGAUGAAAUAUCUAACAUUGCCGUUUACUUAAAAAAACUAAUUGGGACUGGACAUCCUCUGCUUGCCACUGCCAAAAAUUUAGUGUAUUCGCAAGACAAAACAAAUCAGACCAGAGGAUUAUUGGUUUUGCUUGUAUCCAAGGCUGCAAAAAUUGAUCAAACUCAAGACAUUCUGCCAAAACAGAGAACACUUGGAGAGAUCACAGAUUUGGUUCAUGCAGCUCACUUGAUUCAUACAGGAGUCAUCAACCUUAACACACCAAAUGAGAGUCUAGAAAUGGGGAACAAAAUGGCAGUGUUAUGUGGGGAUUUUUUAUUGGCCCGUUCUUGUGUACUACUUGCUAAUCUACAAAAUCUUAAGGUUGUAGAGCUAAUUGCUCAGGCAAUAUCAGACUUCAGUACUGCAGAAUUCAUUGACAUAGUGGCAAAUGAAACAGACAGUGCUCUCGAUAGAUGGAGGCAUCAAUCAAAACUAAGGUAUGGGACGUUAUUAGCCCAUGCAUGUCAGUCAUCUCUAAUUCUAGGGGAUAACGUAGAACUUGUUGAAUUCGGUAAAUAUUUUGGGCUUGAAAUCGCCUUGGCUUGGCAGGCUAACAAUGAAAUACAAAGCUACAAGAACGCCAAAGAAAAGGCGGAUCAUGUCCUGUUCAAACUCUUCCCACCAGGAACUCCUUUCGAAGAAGUGAUAUCAAAUUUUCAAGCUGUGCGCGACACACACGUCGACGCAGCAUUACAAAUGUUGAGCGAGUUUCCAAAGAAUGAUGCCAGUCUUGCUCUUUGUAACAUCGCAAGAGCGCUCAAGUACUAAUUGCAUUUUAAAUUUAGUAAAAAUUAUUGAUUUUGUAUUAUCUGUGUUGAUUGAUGCUGGUGGUUACAACUUAUUAUUGACAAA